CAUUGGCAAAGUACAGUACUGUGUCAGGGAAAUAAAUUAGAUCUCUUAUUAGGACAAAUGAAAAUAUAGAAUAACAGAGAAAAGCUAUUAACUCUACAAAAUGCAAGCAUUAUUUACAGAUUGACCGAUAAUUUUCCAUCUGACAAAGGAUUUAUAAACGAAAAAGAUGCACGUGAUUGGAUUAAUAUUUGGAUUAUUCUGGAAUUCUGAGUUGCUCCUGUCAGCUCAUGGUCACAAUGUUGCACUUAAAUCUCCAAUUAAAGAACCCAACACACAGGGUCUAGAUAUAAACGUUAACUUCACUCUGAAGAUGGAAGUUGCUGGUGUACAGGAGAAGGACAUCAACGAUGAAUCAUCAACAGUCUAUGAAGAUCUAAAAGAGCAAAUCCAAACGGCAGUCUAUGCUUACCUCAUGACCCAAAGCAUAGCUGAUUUAGUAAAAGAAGUACAAGUGACAAGAUUAAGGUGGGGAAGUGUCAAAGCUGAUGUCACAUUAAUUCUGGAUUUCCAUCAGGGCCUACUAUGGUGGCCACAUAAUACAAUUGAGAGCUUGCUGGCUGCUUCGCGGAAUAGUUUUCUAGCCCUCUUCGUCCUUCCGGUCGAGGGCUAUCCCACUGUCGUCGACUUGCACUAUUUGUAUAAUCAGGGGGUGCAACUUGAAAAGUCUCUACAGCUAUAUCAGAACUACUGUCUGUCUAUGGACAAUUUAUGUGAUUUGGGAUAUACCUGCAGUCAGACUUCCUUAGAUGACAUCUCCAGUGUUACCUGUCAACACCUCUGUCAGACACACGUGUGUGACAUUGGCGAAAAUGGCCAUUGCGUCUUAGAUGGCAACUUAACCCCACUUUGUAGAUGUGACGACCAUCAUUCUCGUAUAGGUGGCAACUGUGUCUCCAAUAAUGUGAUCAUUGGCGUGUCAGGCGCUGUCAUUGGGACAUUACUCAUCAUUAUAAGUCUCUUCGUAACGUACUGCGUCUGGAGGCAAAAUGUCAGACGAAACAGAAUCAAGCGAAUCUCAGGAUACAUGUCAGCCCGGAAUGAGUCAAUUCGUAGAUAUAUGGAAAUAGAUAAAGAGCUGAAACAAAAGGAAAAAAACAUUGAAGAUUCCCUUUCACAAAUUGAUGGAAAAAUCUCGGAUCAAAAUGACGACCACGACAAGAUCACAGAUACAAACGAAACAGAUUUAAAGUCUAAUGGGCAUACUAGCAGUAAAGAUGGUGCCGAUGAGAACGAUGCUCCCGAGUGCGAUAUGAUUGGCUCAUGGGCGGAUUACGUCGAUAAACAAAUGGGCCUAGAAUCUAAGCCUACAAUAAAAGAACAUUUGACCAUAAGAGAUGGGCAAAUAUUAAUUAACGAGGGUGUCUUCAAUAGGGGAUUUAGAGAUGAGUGUGAGAACCCUGAAAAUAAUACGAACCGUUUGAACAAUGAUUCCAGUGGCACUGAUGAAGACGAAAUUGACAUGGCUCUUGAAGGUGGAUCAUUAACGUCUCUCUCUACCACAAGUAGUGGGCGCAAGAAGUACAUCUCUGUCAUCAAGAUAAACUCUGGAUCGUCUGACAAUGACUAGCAAAAUGAUGGUGUCAUCUGCUUCAAUUAAUGGUGGACUUUGGACUGCCUGUACCAACAGAACAUUAUGGGACACACUUGUGGAUUCAGGGGGGGGGGGCAUGGGGCCCUCCCCUCCCCUAAGGUGGGCCCAGAAAUAAAUUAUAGGGCCUCAAAAAAUGGGACAUUUUUGGCAUAACCAAAAAUCAGAUCACCACUGAGUCUUUUUGUCAAUUGGAAGUUAGAAAACAUUUAUUUAUUUAUAAUAUAUUGAUUGAUUGAUUUCAGUCGUGAAACUAUUGCCAAACAGAUGUGGACAUAUUUGUAGGAUAUAUUUAAUUUUGAACAUCUGGAAGUAACGGCAGAGUUAUAUUUGAUGGAUUCGAGUCAAAAGAAUUAUAUUUAUGUGUCAAUUUAUACUAUUGUUUAUGUAAUUAUUAUUCUAUUUUUGAAUUAUAACAUUGUUGAAUUAGUUGAAUUAGAAGUGGUAGAUGAGCCUAAGGUGGGCUUGGUUAUUAUAAAAUGUAUCUUUACUUUGUAUAAAAUGUAGAACUAUGAAUGACAAAUAAAAACAAGUAAA